AUGCUGGUGAGAGUCUCGAGACUCCAGGCCCCUGUUCGAGGGUUUCACAACGGCCAGUGGCCAGGACCAAACUUAAACCUGUGUCCCAGUGUCCUUGCCAGUCCUGGGACCACGAUUUUGACAAAUUGCAAUCAGCAGGUGAAGAUCAUUGCUGAAGAUGAUGGAAGAGCUGGAGCAGCGAAAGCAGAGAGCGCCUCCAAAACUAAGACAGGCAGAGGCAUCUUAGGAAACCCCUUAAAUUAUAUUGUAACCCUUCCCUCUGGAGUCUUGACCUGCAGCUUGAGAAAUACUGUCAAAAACAAUAUAGACCUCUAUAAGCUGGCAGUCAACAUGGUGCCCUUCCCACCUCUCCACUUCUUCAUGCCUGGCUCUGCCCCUCUGACUAGCCAUGGAAGCCACAAGUAUCAGGCCCUCACUGUGCCCAAACUCACCCAGCAGGUCUUUGAUGUCAAGAACAUGAUGACUGCCUGUGACCCCAGCCACCACCAUUACCUUAUCACGGCUGUUGUCUUUCACGGGCAGAUGUCCGUGAAGGAGGGAGAUGAGCAGAUGCUCAAUGCACAAAGCAAGAAUAGCAGCUAUAUUGUGGAAUGGAUCCCCCAAAAUGUCAAGACAGCUGUCUGCGACAUCCCACCCUGUGGCCUGAAGAUGGCAGUCACCUUCACUGGGAAUAGCAUGGCCGUGCAGGAGCUCUUCAGGCACAUCUCAGAGCAGUUCAGGACCAAAUUCUGGCACCAGUACACAGAUGAGGGUGUGGAUGAGAUGGAAUUCACUGAAGCUGAAAGCGACAUGAACAAUCAUGUCUUUGAGUACCAGCAGUACCAGCAUGCCACCACAGAGGAAGAGGCGGAUUAA